AUAGCCCCACUCAGCUACAGCUUUCAAGGCUUGACAUUCCUCAACUCGACAUCAAUUGCAUUGACAACUUGCCAUCUUCUCCUCCAUAAUCUCCGACCUAAAAUAGUUCACGAUGGGUAUUGACUUCGACAAUCCCGGGACGGCAGUGAAGCCCCCAAGCAAGCUCGCACACGUGGUCCUGCGCACAAACAACAUGAAAGCCAUGGUCGACUUCUAUUGCACGUUCCUCGGCGCAAGAAUCGUUCACGGGGGCAAGAUGCUCGCAUUCCUGACCUACGACGACGAGCAUCAUCGCAUAGCCUUUGUGCAAAUCCCAAAAACGAAACCAAAGGUCCGCGGCAGCUGUGGGCUGGAGCAUAUCGCGUUCACAUUCGACUCGCUAUCAGAACUAUUGCUUGCUUACCGCCAGCGCAAACAGAAUGGCAUCAUGCCGAUCUGGUGUGUGAAUCAUGGAACAUCGACAUCGAUAUACUACAAAGACCCUGAUGGCAACGAAAUCGAGACGCAGAUAGAUAACUUCAAGGACCCAAAUGACGCGACGAAGUACAUGGAAUCACCAGAAUUUGAAGAAAAUCCGAUUGGCGUGGAUUUUGACCCCGAAGACAUGAUCAAGCGUUUGCAGAAUGGAGAGAGGGAGGAGGUCUUGUUGCAGCGUGAGAAGAUCGGACGUCGGUCCUUGCGUACUAACGCGAAGCUGUGAAGGACAAAUAAAUUACUCUCGUAAUGGAACAGCCUGAAGGUGUAUGUACAUAAUCUGUAGCCUGUGUGGUCAUUUUGGUUCCAGUAUGCCGUUCAAGCUGUUCAUGCAUACCAAGCACUGCAGGUUCUGUGCAUC